AUGCGGCGGUGCCGGGGCGCAGGGCUGGCGGGGCUGGCCGCGCUGCUCCUGGUGGCUGCGGCAAGAGCCCAGGUGCAGCAGGACCCAUUGGCAGAGACAACCGAGGGUACCAGCAUCAGCAUCAACUGCUCACACGCCAACAUACAGACAAACGAGGUCAUCCACUGGUACCGUCAGCUCCCCGGAGGAGGCCCCACAUUCCUCGUGAGCGGUCAUAAAGAGUCCAAAGAGCUGCGGGACCCGCCGGGGCGGCUGUCGGUGGCGGCAGACCGCCGGUCCAGCGCCCUGUGGCUCGCCCGGCCCCGGCGUGGGGACUCGGCGGUGUAUUACUGCGCCCUGAGGAGUCCCUAUGUCCCUGAGAAACAAGGAGUUGAAAGCAGCUCUGAGGAGAAUGGCAAGGCAGUGAAAGGCUGCUUCAGCCUAGAAAAGGUUCCUGACAGGCUUGGGGCAUCAACGACCUCUAGGAAGACUGUUCCAGAGUUUGAACCCCAAUGUGUGUACCUAGAGUAUAGUAAGACCUUUGACUGCCUCUCUCAGACUUCCUUUAUGACCACAUUGGUAACGAAUGGGUUCAGUAAGAGGAUGAUAAGAGCCACCGAGCACUCUCAGCCCGGGCGAGAGACCGCGAGUGGCGCCGGCACAGGGCUCAGCCCCGGGGCGGAGCUGGCGUCGGAGGAGAGGAGAGGAGGCGGCGGAGAGGAGGUGCCGCGGCUGGAGCAGUGA